GGACAAAUGUACCAUUUGAAAAGUCGCAUGUUAGAGGUCUCGUCAGCGAUGUUAGGGACCAGAAGAGAAACCCUAAUGCGCGAUGAUCGAGACCAAAACUUGUGUGGAUGUUGAUAGAGACCACAAACCUGUGAGGGUGAUUAUAGAGACUAGGAGUGUGGUUGCUUGUUCUUACGCAACACAAAGCUGGGCAUGUUUAUAAGACCAAGUAGUUGACGAUUAGUGCUAACUGUGCUGUAUGAGAACACACGUCACUGGUCGUCGGCCGGAUUAUAUCAUACAGUCUACUUUGUAAUCUUAGCCACUACAACAGAACGGUGGAGUUAAUACUAUUAUUUUGUCGCCACACAGAAAUCAUGGAUAACCUGAAUAACACGUCAUUCAAGUUCUCGACAACAAAGGCAGUGAACUUAAAAACUUUCCUGGUGCCACUAGGUGCCUUAGUAAUAGUCAUCAACGCCUUCUCGGCUGCUGCAUUACUACGGUGUAAACACAUGGAGGCCAAGCUUCGACAGUUCGCUGUGUGUUUGACAGCCAUUGAUAUAUGUGUUGGAUUUAAUCUGUUGUUCAUGGUUCUGACUUACGCCAGCAAUGCUGCCCAGAACGUUGUCCCAUGUUACAUAGUUCUAAUGAUGCCCCGGUUCACAUCAUAUGUAGGCAUGUUCACCACGACUGCCUUCGCGAUAGACAGAUUCGCCAGUAUAUACCGCUGGCAUAGUUCAUUUAUCACCAAGGAGAAAACGAAGGCUUUCUGUGUUACAGUUUGGAUUUUUUCGUUUAUUUUAACACCUGUGUCGUUCCACGGACAAAACUAUACAUGCGACUCACAGGAUCAGAUAGAUUAUGAUCGUGAAACGCACACACUCUUCAUGAUCGUUCCAAUGUUGUUAUGUUUUGUUGUGAUCUCCGUGUGUUAUAUCGCCGUCUACAUCACUAUAAGGAAACAUCUAAGUAAAACAAAAGACUUAGGAGUGAGUAUGAAGGAAUACGCAUUAACCAUGUUCCAGUCGACUCUUGUGAUCGGGGCUGUAAUCUUUGCAUACCUUCUGUGUUAUGGACCCAUCAGCAUUCUAAAGAUAUAUAACUUCGUUUACCCGGAUACCAUUUUGCCAACGCGCACACUCAGGAACGUGACUCAGGUAAUUUUUGUCGCCAACAGUUUAAUCAAUCCUAUCAUCUACUCCGUACGAUUAAAAGAAUGCCGGCUUGAGCUAAAAAACAUGUUUUGCUUUUUCAAUAAAGCUAUCAGAAAUAACAUCUUACAAAAGAAAAAGAUACUGAAAGCACCGUUUCUUGAAAAUAGGCGUAUUGGGUCUUCGAGUACCUCAGCUAUUUAUGUUACUGGACAACAUCUGUCCAACGACAUAUCAAUAACUACAACAACGCCAUGCGGCAGUCUCUAUGGUAACUUAAUAUCCCAACAGUCUGCGAUAACUUCUACUGAAGAUGGACACGCUUCUCUCUCUAUAACGAAAUCCCCAGUCGAAGAACAUAGUGCGGAAGCUCAAAUUUGUUCACACUCCGGCACCUGUUCCUACAAUGAACAAAAAUGCAGCUUUUCUUCAGACCAUUCCAAUCUUCAAAUUGGUCAGCAACGAUAUCUCGAUCUCGCGGAUGUCGUCAGGACAUGUAACACAUAUAGUGACGCUUCCUGUGAAGACAUUGCCGAAAGUGUUCGUGAUACCGAUAUUUCAAUUUCCAAUUAAUCUGUUUCCGCAUGUUCUGAAGUUCAGGAAAUCUUUCUGGAUUCCCUGGCCUAAUACUUCAAGCAUACAGUUAUCAAAACAAUCAGCAUGCUAUCACCGUAUCAUAAUAUCUUGCCGAAAAAAAACCCCACUUUAUUCUUUAUGAAUUAGUAGAUAGAUGUACAUUGCCCGCGGGCUACCAGAUACGAAAUUAAUUGGAACCCAAAAUGUUCUUUUAAACUGCCAUUUUUGGAUAUUAUGAAUAAAUGCAGGAGGGUAUUUAAAAACUGUAUUGCUCUUUUACCGAUUUCAAGAAGGUUUCUAUAGAAGAAAUUGUAAUGACAAAUGUCCUUUGUAACAUCGGAGUGCGUCAAGGAAAAAAUCUAUCGAUAUUUCUUUCCUCUAUUAUCCUUUUUUGCAUGAAA